GGCACUCACCAGAUGAUGGGCCUGCUUUAGCGUUUAGUUUACCUGGGGUGUUUGAUCCCCAUCCUGAUGUUUGACAUGGGGGGUGGGGUCACGGGAGCCAUUCAGUAAAUGGAGUUAACAGCUGUAGUUGUGAGGCUUGGGGGUGUGUGUGUGUGUGUGUGUGCGCGUGUGCGUGUGUGUGUUUGCAUAAUUGACAAUGACCUAAUUCUGUGUGUUUGUUUUUUUGCUCCUCUCUCCUCAGGAAGCGAUAAAGUCAUUGAUGUAAUUGAUGUGGCCAGGCAGGCGGACAGCAAAAUAAAACUUGGCGAGUUUGUCAAGUAUUACUACAAACCACAUCGGCCGAAAGUGUUAAAUGUCAUCAGCCUCGAAUUCUCCGACACAAAGAUGGCAGAGCUGGUGGAGGUGCCCUUCAUUGCUCAGAAGAUGUCCUGGGUGGAGAAUUACUGGCCUGAUGACUCCUACUUCCCCAAGCCCUUUGUGCAGAAGUACUGCCUGAUGGGUGUGAAGGACAGCUACACGGACUUCCACAUUGACUUCGGGGGCACGUCCGUGUGGUACCACGUACUCUGGGGUGAAAAGAUUUUUUACUUGAUCAAGCCGACCCAGGCGAACCUUGCACUGUAUGAGGAGUGGAGCUCGUCCCCUAACCAGAGCGAGGUGUUCUUCGGCGAAAAGGUGGACAAGUGCUACAAGUGCGUCGUGCGGCAGGGCACCACCCUUCUGAUUCCCACAGGGUGGAUCCACGCUGUCCUCACCUCUCAGGAUUGCAUGGCGUUUGGCGGGAACUUCCUGCACAACCUUAACAUAGGCAUGCAGCUCAGGUGUUAUGAGAUGGAGCGACGGCUGAAGACUCCCGACCUCUUCAAAUUUCCCUAUUUCGAGGCCAUCUGCUGGUACGUGGGCAAGAAUCUGCUGGAAACCCUUAAAGAAUCCCGAGAGGACAAAUGCCAACCCCCCGCUUAUCUGCUGGAGGGAGUUAAAGCUUUAAUCCCCACGCUUAAGAGGUGGUUAAACAGGGAGGUCACUGAACCCACCAGCGAGGUUCCAGAUAAUAUCAGGCCCAACCAUCUUAUUAAGGAGCUCACAAAGGAGAUCCGGUACCAGGAGGAGGAGCAGAGUGGCAAGGUGGUCAGACCUCAGGGAGGCGGGGCUUGUCCCACGACCCGUUCCACAAUGGAGCGAGGCUGCCGGGUGCGGCGGAAAGCACGGCGUCUCCGAGAACAGCAGGCCUCCAGGACUCCAUCCAACUUGGAUGUGCUGGAGCUUCACACGCGGGAGGUUCUGCGGAGACUGGAGGUGGUGCCCUUCCAGGAGGUGGGUCACACAGCUAAUCGGCUUCUUGAAGGGAGGGUGGGCAGCAAAUCAGUCGCCCCUUUUUG